AUGAAUAAAGAGAAGGGUCAGACACAUAUCAUACAGGAAAGACUUCUAGCACAAAAUUUGGACCAAAACUAUCACCCUGCCGACGCCUAUGCUCUAUAUAACAAGCGAACAGGGAAUGCGGACGAUGAAUUCAUUGAACAUUGCAAUCAAAAUAUGGACUCGUUGCUUGUAUUCUCUGGUUUAUUCUCCGCUGUGACGGUCGCUUUGAUAGUCGAAAGCUAUAAGGGCUUGAGAGAAGAUCCCCAAGGUCGCACAGAGCAGCUCCUAGAGGCACUCAUUGGCAAAAAUGGUAGCGCAGCCAUCCCUCCCCAGUUUCGAUCGUUCUCACCUCCAAGAAUGAUCGUUACUGCAAACAUCUUACUCUUUUUAAGUCUCUCUUUUGCACUUUUUGCCGCACUCGGAGCUCUUCUUGUUAAAGAAUGGGCUCGUCAAAUAUUCAAAGGGUUGGAUGCACUUGGUUCUCCCCAGACUCGUGCUCGAGAGCAUUUCCAGCGAGUUGAAAGGCUGAAAAGGGGUCUCGUAUGCUGGCUUCACGGUGUGAACCCUGCCAUCUACCUGACGAUGAUGACCGUUACAGUCUCCGGAUUCGCUGCUUAUCUUGGGCUUGCAGUGAUCCCUGCCAUCAUUCAAGCACCAUCCAAACCUUUGCUUCCAAUUCAAGGAGAGGUACAAUCACACCCCCUUCCGGCACAUCUCAGACCCAUCGUUUGCACACCGCUGACUCGAGUUGGAAUCACAGUAGAGCAGCAUUCCGAAAUUCCCGACGAGUUGGACUAUAAAAUACUCAUUCGUUUCAUCGAAGAAGCAGACACCUUGGCGGAAUGGGAAGCUGCGAUUGACUCCUUGCGGGAUGGCCUUGCGCUCGUUCCCUCAGAGUCAAAGUUGCCCAUGGAUAAAAAUCAAUUCACCGUCAUCGUCCAAAAGGCUGCUUCUCUGGCUGCUAGUUGUCGCUCCUUCAGAGAUGGACACUUUGACAUUCACCCUGGGAUCAGCCUGGAGCGGGUGACCAUGAUCAUGCAAUUCUUUGAUCUAAUACUACAGGUAGCACCAGAACAAACGAGGCGAAGUGGGGUGAAUCUCGUGCUUCUGAUGAAUGUUGCUGACUUGCUCUUGGAACGUGCCAUGCAAGUGCUCUCCUUGGAGGAGAUAGCUUUGCAUGCAUCGGUUGUAGCACGAUUAGGGUAUCAACAAGGCGACUAUACCAUAGCAACGUGGCACUCGGUCAUGGAGGAGCGGUGUCGAAAGAGUCUAGAAUUAGCGGUCGACGUAAGCUCAAGAUGUGGCUAUAGAACUGUAAGAACUGCUAUUGAACAGCAGAGAAGCUUAGUCGAGGAAGUGGCAAAGCAAUGCGACCAGCCUUUGGGAGAUAAUAUGGAGGAGCAGCUGAUUUUUACUCAGGCGAAUUUUGUUGGUGCUUUUGCUGCAGUCGACGAGUUGAUUCGACUUAUACGAUCUGGUGCAGCUCAUAGAGACGACUAA